CUUUUGGGGUUUGGGGUUUGGACUUUGGACCAAAUUUGGUCCAGUUUCAGCCCAAAAGUUGACAUCUAUCUAUUCCUAUUCCUUUAGUACAUGGGCUUCCUUUUUCCUUCCGUAUGACCAAAAAAAAAACAUAGGUUUCUUUUUGCAGCAGCCACAGUACAUGAAGGAACAGAGGAUUUUUUCACAUCUCUUCCGACUCCGGGAUUCUCCGUUUCUCCUCCGUCGCCGACGAUAUCGUUUCUUUCAAUCCGUCUCUCUACGGCAUGACGAUCGAGAGCUACAUAUCGGAUUGGAAUCUGCCGCGAGCCGAACUCCGUCGCUGUCCCGGGAAAGGACAGCGAAGCAGUUCAGAAGCAAACCUCCCUCCUACGAUGAUCGGCGAACUCGGAAGCGAUCUCCUAGAAGAGAUCCUGAUUCGCCUCCCCGACCCAAGAUCCACCAGCCGGUGCAAACUCGUCUGCAAGCGGUGGGGCUCCAUGAUCUCCAGUCCGCGCUUCAACCGCCGAUUCGUUUCUCACCACCAGGCAAGGAAUCCGAGCCACCCACCCAUGCCGGCCGAUCCAUACGAACUGGUAGAAAUCAUCCUGAGCUUUCUCCCUCCCGUGCCUGGUAGAGUUCGACACUAUCUUAGAGUGUUAGAUUGCAACAAGGACUUGGUUUUAUGUGGGUUCUGGGAUUUAGAUUGCGACGAUGGGGAACUUAGUAGAUUGUACUUGGUUUGCAAUCCAUUCACAAAGCAGUGGAUCGCUCUUCCUUUAGCGCCUAGCAAGCAGUUGCAUUAUAAGUCAGCGGCUGCAAGGGUGGCGUGUAUUUAUCAAGUCAUGCGACCAAGCAAGGCUGUAAAGCUCGACGUGUUUUGUUCGGAGUCUGGUGAAUGGAUCAAGGAAGCUCUCGUCUGCCCUGAUCAUUUUGGAACUAUAUUAAGAACGAUUUCGUGCAACGGGGAGAUGUUCUGGCAGUGCAUUGUUGCGCAUGGCGGGCCUAGUGUUAUGGUGGCUGCUUGUAAUCCUUUUCGCCUUGAUCUGCCUCCCACUUUGAUUGAUGCUUCUGCAUUCCUUGAGAAACCACGUUGGUAUAUUUCCGGCUCGCAAGGUGUGUUGCACGUAAUUGCAAUUGAAAUUGAAGACCGCACUACUCUAGCUGUUCGUUCAAGCAUCUGGAGGCUGGAGGACAACCGUAAAUCUUGGACGAAACAAUGUGAGUGGUUGGUCAACAAGAGAGCAAAGUGUCGUGACUAUGGAGCUUACGGCUGUUAUCAAGCUUCACUGCAUCCUCAUAACCCAGAAAUUGUUUUCUUCAAGCCAUUUCAUUUUUAUGAUGUCAAUGUUAUAUUGUGCUGCAAUUUGAGAAGGGAAGAGCUAGAGUUCAUUGCUGAAGUAGAUGGGUCGGAUAAUGUCUGUCGCCUUCAGGUGUUCGAGCCAAGGUCUUCUUGCUGGGCUACUCCAAUUCCAAGGUAUGAGAAGUUGCAAGGCAUGCACGAUAUAAGCUACGACUUUUGGGUUCAGAUCAGCAGGGAAGCAAAAACUCCCUCCCUCCCUCCCUUCACCAAUAAAUACAUGAAGGAGAUUAUGAAAGCAUCCUUACCUUCUACUGUCUCCAACAUACAUAAAUUGCACAGAACAACCUCAGCUCCCUCCCAAGAACUCAAUCUGGAUAGAAGAACAAAGGCAACGGCAGCUUUGGAGGUGCAAUGGCAAUAUUUGGACCUUCGCAAAAAUCAACGAGCAAAAUAAUUAUGAAGACAUAGCGAAGCAUUCGAACACUUGAAGGCUAUAUAAGUAUCCCCUAACAUGGACCAUCAUUGGAAGGUUACUGAAAUGGGUUGACUAAUCAAUUUCUUUCUCUCUGGUGCCAGGGAUUCCACAGUGUUAAGCAAUUGGGCUAUGUUUAUCACUUAUCUGUUAGUAUUCUCUACUUUUUCUAAUGACUAUUUAUUAAUCAAACCUUAUCGCUUUUUUAUUAGCCAAACUUAUUGAAUUACUAAUAAUUAGCUAAAACUAAACUUUGUUAGUAAUAUUGAUUUGGCAACAUAAUACGGACUUUGAAGAGACACAUGGGUCAACCUUCCAAAACUUUAGUAUUUUAAUUAAGAAAAGACUAAGAAAAUUAUUAAAAAUACCAAAAAAUGGCUAAUAUCUUGAUGUAUUACAAAAGAUUUGGCUAAUGAUUAGUAAUUUAAUAAAUUUGGUUAAUAAAAAUUGUGAAAUAAGUUUGGCUAAUAAAUAGUCACUAUUUUAUUUUCGUUAAAUUAUUUAGGGUUCAUCCAUUGAAGGAGAUUGUCUCGGAUAACCUUUGUAUCUUUGAAACUAGGGGUGGCAUUUCGGUUAUUUCGGUUAUAACUAAUAACCGAUCAGCCAGUGAUCGGUUAACCGAAAUAACCACUCCCCCUACCGAAAACCAUCUGAAAUAGGCUUCGGUUAUCUUAGUUAUCGGUUAACCGACCCACUUUUAGGACCAAAACCAUUUCGUCUAGCCUCCGAUAACCAACCGAAGUUCGGUUACUUCGGUUACCGGUUAGUGGAUAAUCGGCUGGUUAUCGAUUUAACCGGCCGGUUAACCGGUAACCGGUAACCGAACUGCCACCCCUAUUUGAAACAAGUUUUCAAGCAUCAUACACAUAUAUAUUUCAUGCACUCACUUUUUGAGUGUAUUUUAUGCACCUUACUCAUAAUAUAUUUGGAUAAUUCUGAAAAUCAAAAUUCAAAAUUUGAUAUCCUAAGGCUAGAUUUUGAGUUUGAUGACCUAUUUUGGAGUGUGCAUCAAAGAAGUCAUCAUGAUGAUUUUGUCUCUGGUGCACCGUGCACUCAGUUUUUUUCAUAGGGAGAUAUAUCUACCUAGAUCUUGAGUUAAAUUGAAUUUGGUGUAUGUAUUAAAUCCUAAACUUCUAAUGGAUAAACCUCAUGCCCCAAUUCUCUAACCCAAACCCGAAAUUCAAUUUAAUAGAAAAUUAUAACUGACCAUUGAGAUUGAUCAAACUUCAUCGAAGUAUAGUUAACGACAAUAUCACCUGGAGUAUACUACUCCUGAAAUAUAACAUUUUUUUUUAUCAAAUAUACAUAUAUGGCAAAGACUAGUGGGAUUUUUCCAGAAAUAGCACAUUUUAAAAAAAAUUACAAAAAUAGCAUCCAGCCGAAAAAAUUUACACUAAUAGCACCCUUUUUUAUGGACCACACUUUAGAGGUGCGUUUUUAUAUAUAAACCGCACCUCUAAGGUGCGGUUUAUAAUCCUGGACCAAAACCGCAUCUACAAGAUGCGGUUUCAGGUUUGCCCUACAGAAAACGCGCGGCCAAGGUGCGGUUUUGCAUAAAAAACCGCACCCCCAAGGUGCGGUUUUGGUCAAUUAUUUUCCGACAUGCCAUGCAGAAUAACAGACGUGGGUUUGCAUAACAUGACUUGCUGACAUUGCAAGUCGUUAUAUGGUUAUAUGAUUAACUAUAAGAAGGCGUGGCAUGGAAAGCAGAAAGCUCUGGCCGCGGUAUAUGGUGAUUGGGAAGAAUCAUAUGCAUUCCUUCCCAGGUUAAUUUUGGCAUUGGUGGCGUCUAACCCUGACACAGUUUUCUCCCCUCGAUACCAAGAUGAAGAGAUACAACCCCCAGAGCCAGGUAACAAAUGCCAUUUUAGACG